AUGCAGUUUAUGAAACAAAACACGUCGUUUGAUCACCAAAUGAGAUGUCAAUCAAUUUUUAAAUGCAAUCAGCUGUUCGGAUAUUUGAAGGUCACCCGCUUAAUAGAUCCGUUACUAACCGGUGUCCCACUCUUCGUUUGUGACCAGAUUGCUGCUGAAUUUCUGCUAAAUUGCAAAUUAUUUGUUAUGGCGGGUGAAUAUCGCACUGAAUCCGAUUGCAUUGGGGAGAUAAAGGUUCCGUCAAAUAAAUAUUAUGGAUCCAAUACUGCCAGGUCUCUGCAAAAUUUUGACAUUGGUGGUCCCCACGAAACAAUGCCGAUUGAGGUUAUCAAGGGCAUGGCUAUAUUGAAGAAGGCAGCUGCAAUUGUCAAUAAAAAGUAUGGCUUAGAUGAAAAAAUAUCCAAUACCAUUGUUAAGGCAGCUGAUGAGGUGAUUGAAGGAAAGUUGGAUGAUCACUUCCCACUCGUUAUCUGGCAGACUGGCUCCGGAACUCAGACGAACAUGAAUGUUAAUGAAGUCAUUGCCAACAGAGCCGUUGAAAUGCUUGGUGGAAAGUUAGGAUCUAAAUGUCCAGUGCAUCCAAAUGACCAUGUCAAUAUGAGUCAGAGUUCAAACGACACAUAUCCAUCAGCCAUGCACAUUGCUGUUGCCAUAGCAAUUAAAACUCAACUGGAGCCAGGUAUACAGCAACUGCAUGAUGCCCUUAAGCAGAAGGCAUGCCAGUUCAAGGAUAUCAUUAAGAUUGGCCGGACCCACACACAGGAUGCCACCCCUCUGACACUUGGCCAGGAGUUCAGUGGAUACGUCCAACAGCUCGCCAAUGAUCUGGAUCGCAUAAAAACAUUCCUUCCUAGAUUGUACCAACUUGCUGCCGGUGGAACAGCUGUGGGCACUGGACUGAACACGAGGAUUGGAUUCGCUGAAGGAGUCAGUGAGGCUAUUGCUCAGCUUACAGGCAUCCCUUUUGUGACGGCCCCCAACAAGUUUGAGUCCCUGGCCUGCCACGACACCCUGGUGGAGGUGAGUGGUGUGCUAAAUGUGGUUGCCUGCAGUCUCAUGAAGAUUGCUAACGACAUUAGGUUUCUUGGGUCUGGUCCAAGGUGUGGUCUCGGAGAACUGCAACUGCCUGAAAAUGAACCUGGAUCAAGUAUCAUGCCAGGUAAGGUGAAUCCGACCCAAUGUGAGGCAGUCACCAUGGUGGCGUGUCAGGUGAUGGGCAACCACGUUGCCGUCACUGUGGCGGGCAGCAAUGGUCAUUUUGAGCUGAGUGUCUUUAAACCGGUUAUCGUCAGUAACGUGUUGAGGUCCAUUCGUCUGAUUGCAGAUUGUUGUCGAUCGUUCGCGAAGAAUUGUGUGGUGGGCAUCAAAGCCAACGAGGAGCGCAUUUCUCGUUUGCUGAACGAUUCGCUCAUGCUCGUCACCGCCCUCAACCCACACAUCGGAUACGACAAGUGCGCCAAGAUUGCAAACCACGCCCACAAGAAUGAACUGACCUUGAAGCAGGCAGCUCUGCAAUUGGGAUUCCUCACUGAGGAGCAGUUUAAUCAGUGGGUCAAGCCAGAGAACAUGUUGGGACCUAAGUGA